CAAUCUGGCCCUAAUCACAAAAUGCCUCCACGAUCCGAAGUGAUACCCGUGUCCACUCUCAAAAUCAAACCGCCUCCAAACCGGAGUCCGGCCCAAAACGGCGCUCUAUGGCUCAAAGACAAGGAAGUGACCGAUGGAGCUGAAGGCCUUUGGCGCAUUCACGACGACCUAUACGACUUCAGUGACUUCAUCCGGAGCCAUCCAGGCGGCUCCGAAUGGCUCGAACUGACCAAAGGCACUGAUAUUACGGAAGCCUACGAAGUCCACCACUUGAGCACAGCGCCCGAGCAAAUUUUAAAGAAAUAUCUAGUCAGAAAAGCCAAAACGAAGCGAAAUUCGCCGUUUACGUUUAAAGAUGAUGGGUUUUAUCGGACAUUGAAACGCGAAGUUGCCUCAAUUGUUAAAACUUUGCCCAAACAGCCGAUCAAUAAUUCGGCCACUUUUACCGAUUUUCUGCUCGCUGGGACGUUUAUGUUUGCGGUUUUGGCCAACACUUACUGGAAUUAUUACUUGGCGAUUGUUGCCGGGGUUUUUCUCGGAUGCCUGGUUAUUGCAGCACAUAAUUAUUUCCACAAGAAAGAUAAUUUUAGAAUGCUCUAUUUCAACCUUUCUUUAAUGCAAACAAGAGAGUGGCGAAUCAGUCACGUGCUCAGCCACCACCUCCACACCAACACCAUCGACGACAUGGAGAUCACCAUGAACGAACCCCUCCUCCCAUUCCUCCCCCAUGAAAAGCCACCCAUAAUCAAAUAUGGCUACUACCUCUUCUUCCCCAUUUACUGGCUCAUGGCUUGGCACGCAAAUUUCCUCAAAAGGGUCUAUUACAUCGCCAAGGGUGACACCCAUCUAAUCCAAUGGUACGAUUUUGUACCAUACACCCUCCCACUUGCCAUGUACCUAAUCAGCGGCCAAUCAAUUUUUGCCACGUUAUGGAUGUGGACAGUCAUUGUGGCAAUUGGCAGUUUCCACUUCUCGGCAGUGGGUCUCAAUGCCGCCCAUCACCACCCAGACAUUUUCCACGACGGUGAUGCCCCACGGUCAGACACCGACUACGACUGGGGCUUGAGCCAACUGGACGCUAUCAUGGACCGACAUGAAAUCACAGGAUCACAUUUUCUGGUCCUUACGAACUUUGGGGACCAUGCCUUACACCACAUGUUCCCAACUCUGGACCAUGGCACUUUGGAGCUUUUGUACCCAACUUUCAGGAAAGUUUGCCAGGACUUUAACGUUGAUCUGAGGAUGACCUCGCAGUUGGAGUUGAUCAAAGGGUCUUUCAUGCAAGUUAUGAGGACCGAGCCCAAUCCAAACCCGCCAGAUUUGCUGAAGAAAUAUUAGUUGGUUAUGCAACCAGCAGUCAAACGCCGCAUUGUUGGCUGCCUAACUCGCUUAUAAAAAAUUUGAAUGUAAUUUCAAAAUUAAUUAUUUCUACGAAGUGUGGGCUCGAGAAUUGUUAAUUGAUGCCCAUUGUAAGUAAAUUGUGAUACCGCCGUAUUGUUAACCCGGCUUGUACUUUAUUAUGAAUUAAAACAUUACAAGUUCAUAUCA